GAAAUACCGGAAGUUAAUACAUUGGUUGUCAAAAGAGAAGAAAACAGAACUGAAAAUGGGCAUUCAGUCAGAGAAAGAGAUACAAAAACAUUCUAUGACAGAGGAUGAUCCAAAUUCAAACAUUCAGUACUCCGAAGAAAAUGACAUUGUUGGAAAACCACGUUGGGGGCCUUCACACGCUGGAGCAAAAGAAUUAGCAAGUCAAUACACGGCAGGCAAAAGAAGACAAGAGAUUGUUUGUGUUGUGAUUAGUAUAGGAUUGUUUCUCUACUGUUUUUAUAAUUUAUGUACAACAUUUAGAUUAGACAAUGUUUAUACAGUAUUAAUAUCAGCAGUGCUUGGUAUUGUAACAGCAGAUUUUAUGAGUGGUUUAGUUCACUGGGGUGCUGAUACAUGGGGAUCUGUAGAUCUACCAAUAAUAGGAAAAACUUUACUUCGUCCAUUCCGAGAGCAUCAUAUAGAUCCCACUUCAAUCACGCGUCAUGAUUUUAUUGAGACUAAUGGAGAUAAUUUUGCUAUUGUUAUACCAGGAUUAGCUUAUAUAGCUUAUGGCUUCACAUUUCAUAGUCUUGAGGUUAUACAAUCCAAUACUAAUACAUAUUGGUAUAUAUUCUUAUUAGCAAUAUUUAUCAGUAUUACAAACCAGUGUCAUAAAUGGUCCCAUACUUAUUUUGGACUUCCGAGAUAUAUCACCAUAUUUCAAGAUUUACACAUCAUACUACCCAGAAAACACCAUAGAAUACAUCAUGUAUCACCACAUGAAACUUAUUUCUGUAUUACCACUGGUUGGCUGAAUUAUCCAUUAGAGGCUAUACGAUUUUGGCCAGUAUUGGAGAAUGUUAUUGAAAAAUACACUGGAUGUAAACCAAGAGAUGAUGAUUUGAAAUGGGCUAAAAAAUCUUAA